CUGCUCUGCAAGAGAGGUGCAUAAUAUUGAUACUCGCGGGUUCUCGACGUCGUUGGUGCAAAAUCUCUGUUUAUCUCACCUAUGUUGACCGUGUACACUAGCUAAAUGGAUCAAGAGAAUGCCAAAUAAAGGAAAGAAAGAGAAGGUAAUGUUUUGGAAGCUCUGUGGUCGGUAAAUUUCAACGGUAUGAAGCUAAGAUAUGGACGUGACGGGUUUAGCAAUUAUGACAGAUCUCUGGCUCUAUGGACUGACUUUAUUUCUCUUGGUCAAAUAGCAGGCUUCAAAGGCCGGGGGGAGUGCGAAGCAAGCGAAUAAAGAAAACGGCGACGGUUUAAGCGAUGAGGUAAGGUGAAAAUCUAACGUUUCACACCAGAAAUUCAUUGUUGUUUUGAUGUGUCGUAUUAUAGAUGAAGAUAUUGUUAGCUGGGAUGGGUGUCAACGGACCUUGCUUAUUUUAAGCUUAUUUUUUUUUCUUGUGCGAUAUUUCUUUAACUCUGUAGGCAAAAGCGAAGUCUCAAGCCGCUACUCAUCCUCCCAGUCAAGCAGUGAAACUUAGACAAUAUGCAAAUGGACCAUCGAUUAUGAGGAAGGAAAAGAGACAGAGUUCUUCGUCUUUCAACGUGAGCGACAAUCGGGAGAUAAUCAAAUUGCCUCCCCUGAAGGGUAAGUUCGGACAACGCUAUUCGAGAAUAUCUUGUCUAGUUCGCGCUUUUAUUAUGUCUGUAGGUAUUCGAAAAGUACUGUGCUACAGCAAAAAUGGUAUUUGACUCACCACGGUUGACGUUUGUCCUUUUCACUGUUGUGGUCCAACAGUUUUGUUUUAAAUUACUCGUUUACCAACAUUCAUGAACGUACACAUCGAGGAACGUCUGUGACAAGUUGCUCUGAAUUAUCAUCGGGUUUGCUUUGUUUACAAGUUUAUCCUUUUUGUGACGGUAAAUGUUUUUUACCGUUACUCUUGUUUUGAAGCAAUAAUUCAAAUGAGAAUUUCAUUAAAAGCCUGCUGGACGAAGUUUUGUUUGGAACUGCGAUAUCAGCGAGUGUCUUCUGACUUCAGAACCUGAUUAGCUGAUGUGUCGAUAAAGUAAAUAUUUCAAGCCAACUCCGCAGGAACUUCAAUUAAUCAAUUUGAUCUUGUUAGAUAUUAAAAUCAAAAAGCCAUACGAAUCUCGUGAUUUGUUUCCUUUGUAAAAUCUUCCGGCUUUCUAGAGAAACAGAUAUUGCUUCAAGCCAAAUGUGUUACUUACUCUCUAAUUUACGUAGUUGACAAAUAUGGUAAGAUUUCCGUAAAGCCCCAUACUGUUCUGAAACUUAAACGCAAUUGAUUGCUUUCGCCAUUGUUUUCUUUAUGCAAGAAGUUUGUGCAUAAUGAAGUGGGGGGCUGUUUGGAAAUUUUACCUCCAUCUGUACCUUUUUUUUUUUGGCGCAGAUCUACCCAUUGAUUUUUCUUGAAAGUGUAAUUUAAUAAGGUCAAAUUGUGUGUGAUGUGUCCAUGCUAUGUUAGCAGACAAUUUACAUGGUCUGAACACCUGCCAAGAAAUGUGUUUGUCGAGUAAUGGAGUUAUAUGGCUGGCAUUGUUGGAGGAGAGGGAAACUCCUUCUACUAGGGUUAACUUUAACUAACAGUAGAUCUUAAAUCUGCUGUUUGGUGAUUUGAGCAUUAAAUUGCAACUGAUAUAAUCCUGGGGAAAAGAAACAAGUGAUUUCUUUCUGGCACUCUUGUUUCAGGAAACUUAUAUAUUGUGUGAAUUUUCUGUAACUAGUUUAAUUCUUACAAAUUUUGGUAUUUUAGGAAGUUAAAUAGUUGUUAGCAGUUUUGUUCCUUGUACCCCUGUGAAAUGAAACAAGUAAGGUGUUGUUUGGUAAUAUUUCCACUCUCUGGUAUGCCUCUUCCUCAGUGAAUAGCUUCUUAACAAAUCAACUCAAUGUGUUUAAAGGGAGACUAUUGUCCACAUUUAGAAAAUGGUUAAUGGAAACAAAUUUUUGAUUUCCAUGAAAAGCUUAAGUUCUAGGAAUGUGUAGUGGUGAAUAAUGGUGGAUAUUUACUAAGCCAUCAAGCAGCAAGGUAAAAAUUCACCACUGUAUAUAACAAGAAAUGGUUGAAAUUUAAAUUUUUGAUGCAGGAUUUUGUCUCUUCAGCUGCUUUGAGGUGAAUUGUAGUUGCUAGUCAGUUCCAAAUCAGCCAAUCAUUGUAUGCUAAAAGCACUUUUCACCUGUGUGGUAUAUAUUUAUUUGAUCUUAUGAGAAAAGGGCAUUUAAGAAUGAUUUUUUUUCUUUGCACAGGAAAUUAAUUUCUAACUGGUUAGAUUAGGAUUAUCUUAUGUCUCUCCCAUUUUCCAUAGACUCUUGAAAUUGUUUUAGUUUGUAACUUACAAUUGGUUCAUGCCUACUGUGUGUGGGAUACAGAUGCAUGCUGGUAGUUUAGAGAGCAUGAGAGAAGUGUAUAAGUUGCUCAAGGCAAAGCUAAGGGCAACUCUAGGCUCCUGAGUGCUCUCCAAAAUUCCCAAGUGCAUUCAUAUCUUGAUAAAUGAUUGCUAAAAGUAUAAACCAAUUUUUAUUUCAACAUAACAGUCACAACUUAUGCAGGGGAAAAAAAAAGAUUUUUAUUAUAAGUGUGCGCGGUUUACCAGACAAUUGCUUACUUCCUGAAAAACUAUGAAUAGUACAUGUAGCAUAUUCACCAUGCUUGAAUAGUUAUUUACUAUAAUUCAUGUGUGCGGUUUACCAGACAAUUGCUUACUUCCUGAAAAACUAUGAAUAGUACAUGUAGCAUAUUCACCAUGCUUGAAUAGUUAUUUACUAUAAUUCAUGGCCAGAAAGCAUAGCUUUUUGUUGAAAUUCUGAAAAUUGUACGCUUGAAAAUUAAUUGGUCCAAAAAAUUGGUUCAUCUGUCAAUAUACCAAAAAUUGGUUGGAAAUGAAAUUGUUAACAAGCAGUUUUGGCAUUACUUCCAAACCAGUGUGCACAAAAAGUGUUAUUUACCUGUGCAUUUUUAUGCUAAUUGUCAAUAUUUUAUGCUAUUGAAAUUUGUAGCAUUUGGCACUAGUUUUACUCAUUGCCUUUUUUUUUUUUUUUUUUGCAGAUACAGCACCAAAUGAAAGAGAACAACUCUUUGUUCAAAAACUUCAGCAGUGUUGCAUUUUGUUCGACUUUGUGAUGGAUCCGCUAAGUGACCUCAAAUUCAAGGAAGUCAAAAGAGGGGCACUUAAUGAGAUUGUUGAUUUUAUCACUCACAACAAAAAUGUGAUCACAGAACCAAUUUAUCCUGAAGUAACUCGUAUGGUAAAGAUGCAGAAUUUAUGUUUAUUGAUUGAUGUAAUAGUUUACAUGAGUGUGUCUGGAAGUACACUGGAAAAACUGGGUUUUUUCAUCAAGUGGUGGGUUUUUGGUAAGAUUUCUACUUAAAACGAGUUAAAAAGUUAAAUUUUCAUUCCUUUUUAAAUUUGUCUUUAGUGGCUUUCUUUUUAGCUCAAUGAGUUAAUUUUAGAGAAUAAUUUUUGUAGUAGUUCAAUGUUACCUCAUGAAAACAGCAGAUAAGAAACUUGUGGUUAGCUGUUGCAAUUAUUGUGGUGGGAAGUCUACCAGAAAGCCUUGAAUUUAUAUAGCAGAUCCAAUUACAUGUAGACUCCUGGCCAGGUUUCAAAGAGAUUCAGUGCAAGUUAACUUUUGUGCAGUAAACAUCUUCACAGCUGUUGAAAAACAAGUUGAUAUGUAUCUUCAUGUCUUUCAUGAAAGCAAACUGAAGGGAGCUCAUGACUAGAUGAAAAACAUCUUUCUCAAUCUCUUUACCAAGCUCAAAACUUACCAUCUCUCUUAUUCCAUUUAAUGAAUGAAUGUUUACCGGCUUUUGCAGUUUGCUGUCAACACAUUCAGGACUCUUCCACCCCCAUCAAAUCCAAAUGGAGCAGAGUUUGAUCCUGAAGAAGAUGAACCAAGCUUAGAAGCUGCCUGGCCACAUCUUCAAGUAAGUUCAACGAUUGAAAAGUGCUGCUUAUACUAAAAUUAUUUUCUUGCUGCAACUCACUUUUCUCUUCAAAUGAGCACUACCCCCUACAACCAAAAUUGUAAAAAGCACCCCAGUCUAUCCCCUUGUUAAGAAAUGAAUAAUUGUGUGUGCCAACCAAGUGAAGUGUGGAAUUGAUUGUUUCUGUACACCUUAACAUCAGUAUGCAUAUUCUCCAAACUAUUGUAAUAUAUACAUUUCUUAAGGUGCUAACAAGGAUAAUUUUUUGAACAAUCAGUGAUCAUUUCCUUUAUUCUUGAGACCUUAAUGUUUGAUCUGCAGGUGAUUUUGUAAGGAGAAAUUAGAUGUUAGUCACUCUUAGGGGUAAAAGGGUGAAUAUAUUUAGUCAAUGAUAUCUCUCUUUCUUUUAGUGCAAGAACAAGUGAACUUUGGGAAAUAUUAAGAUAAGAACCAACUAAAAUGCUAAAAUGAUAACAUAAAGAUCAGUUGCGUAUAUUAAUACACAGUUUGCAUUGUUGUUCACUGUUUGUCAAAUAUUAUACUACCAGAAAAAAGAAUUAAUCCAGCCAUGAUUUGGGAGAAGUGUAAUCAGCUCUUCCCCUUGUAUAAGCGUUCCCCUCACCAAGGCACUGCCAUCUUUGCCCAAAUUUGAAAUUGGUGCCCUAAGUGCAACUUCUAGGAGUUAAAGGCACUGGUAAAAAUUCUCAGCAGGCUACAAGGUUAAUAUUAUAAUCAUAACGUUAACCAGUUUUGAAUUAUUUCAUUUUUAAGAUCUAGUGAAAAGAAGGAUGUGAGUCAAUAAGGAUUUCUCCUUGUUUUUUUGUCUUUCAGAUUGUGUAUGAAUUAUUCCUGAGGUUUCUGGAGUCUCAGGAUUUUCAGCCAGCAUUGGCCAAGAAAUUUAUUGAUCAAAAAUUUGUUAUGCAGGUAAUGGUAUUUGUUCAAAGGAAAAUAUUUUGAUCAUUAUAAAAUAGGUAGUGCAGGUCUCAAUUAAUAAAAGCACAGAAAUGAAUCUGUUAAUUUACAGAGAUUUGACAAUUUGUUUGAGGGUAUUUACUUUAGCUGUCGCUUGACUGACACAUAGUCUGAAGGUCAUGAGAGUUUUAUUUGUGGCAGAUCUUUGGCAAACAACUGUAUUUCUCACUCCACAAAAAGAGUUCACCCAGAAAACAGCUGGUGUGAAAGACAAAAACAUUGCAAGCACAACCAUUCAAGGGUUUUUUUUCUCACUAACAAAAAAUUGAAUUGUUUUUUUUCUGUUUGUUUUUAGCUUCUUGAUCUUUUUGAUAGUGAAGAUCCAAGAGAACGAGAUUUCCUUAAGACAGUUCUCCACAGAAUAUAUGGCAAGUUCCUUGGACUCAGAGCAUAUAUCAGAAAACAUAUAAAUAAUAUAUUUUACCGGUAAGUUGGGGUCUUGGUGUAUAGCUUUGGAUAGCAAGGAUAUUGGUACUCGGGACUUUUUCGGGAGGUGGGCCUUGACUUUUCAGUGUCUGGCAUCAGCAAAAUGUCCAUGUUGCAGGACACAUCAGCAAUUGCUGGAGUUCUGCUGGGUACUUGAUAACAUGUCACCAUUUACUCUGGACAAAAUAAUUUCCUUUUAGUCCUUAACCCUUUAACUCCCACAAGUGACCAAGACAGAAUUUCUCCUCACAAUAUCAAUACAAUAUCAACCAGAUAAGUGAAGAGAAUAAAGAAAAAUAUCAAUUUGGUAAUUGACACUUUUCCAAUAAUUAGUUGAUUGAACACUAAAAUUCUCUGAACUAACAUUAUAAGAAUUGUAUGGUUGACAGUAAGGAGAGUUACAAAUUUGAUCUGGGAGUUGAAGGGUUAAUAAACUUUUCACAGUCACCUACUUUUGCAGAGUGUGAUGCUUACUUCAAAUCAUUUUGAAAUCCCUGAAGGGCACUUCCUAAGAGUUUGAAGUAGUUAUGUUGGCCUAGUGAUUUGUGUGGGGAACUCUAGAUCAAAUGGUUGGAGUUAAAACCUUGCCCAGGUCAUUUUGUUGUGUUGUGUUUGUUGGCUUGGUACUAAACCCUUCCAGUGCCUCCUUUUUCCCCCUCCCAAAAAGGGCUAUUAGCAAAGUGUCAAGGGAUCCUUCUGAAAAUGACAUCUUAUGCAGGGGGUAUGGCAACACUCCUUGCAGCUACAUGCUACUGAAAGUAGAACAUUUUUGAUUAGGAGACACCCUUCCUGUUAAAUUUCUUCUGGUUGGAAUGGGCAUAUUUUGAAACUACACUUUUGUCUGACAUGAUGUCAUGUGUUGCUUGUUUAACCCUUUAGAUUUAUAUAUGAAACUGAACAUCACAAUGGGAUUGCAGAGUUGCUGGAAAUUUUAGGGAGGUAGGAGAUCUUUCUAUCUUUUCUGACUAGCUACAAUUUGAAUAAACACUUUUUAAGGGGCCCUUUGGAUCAGUGAUGAAUACCUGCAAGAUUAUUGGAACAAUCAAUUGCUAUACAAAUUCUUUACCAUGCAUUGAAGUUGUUGGGAUAUCCUAGACUGAAUAACUGUUUUAAAUUAUUUACCCAGCAUCAUCAAUGGCUUUGCAGUUCCACUCAAAGAGGAACAUAAGUAUUUCCUUAUGAAAGUUCUUAUGCCUCUCCACAAGGUCAAAGCACUCAGUAUGUACCAUCCACAGGUAAGAUUGUAGUUUUUUUUAAUAUCUUUAGCCAGGGAUUGACUCUUAAUUUCAUCACUCUGAAUUGAUACUUCAAAUGUUUAGGAUGAGUACACUUCAGAGCUCCAAGCUCAAACUUUUCUUAAGUCAACAUUUGGUGACCUGAAAACCUAAAAGGGGCUGCUAGAGAAAAAGCUCACUUUCCUCAUUGUUUGCUAUUCUUUUCUUCUCAGUUGGCUUACUGCAUUGUACAAUUUUUGGAAAAGGAUCCCACACUCACUGAACCGGUAAAUUUUAUUCUAUUUGAAACUGUUUAUUGGUGUUGUUGGAGCAAUGGUCAGUUGAGUUUCAUAGGUAAUUGGCUAUUGCAUUGGUGUUCUUUCAUUUUUCUUGUUGGUUAGCUUAGAAAACUCAUCACACUCAGUGUACAUAUUCCACCUUGGCUCAGCAUAUCCAUUUAUGAUUAAAGGAAUGAUGCAUUGUUCAGCCCUCCUGGAUGAUGAAAAUCCUCUCAAUACAAGAAAAAAACUGAAAAUUGAUGUUAAUGGAACAGUCAUCAAAAAGUGAAAGUGAUAGAAUCAUUUGUUGUGAUGUUUUUUUUAUGUUAACCUUGUGUAUGUACAUGUUAUAUUUAGGUGAUUGUGUCGCUUAUGAAGUUCUGGCCAAAGGUUCACAGUCCAAAAGAGGUAAGUUAGUUUAUAGUGAAUAGCAGCAGGCAUGUCUUAAGAGGCAGGGGAGUAGGGUGGGGGUGCAAUAGAGUCGAGGUGAAAGGGUGAAGGAGUAAGGUGGGGUGGGGGGUUCAUCAUACUGGUCUGAUACACUCUUAGGAGUUAAAUGGUUAACCCUUUAAAACCUCUAAGAGUGACUAGCAUCUAAUUUCUCCCUACAAUAUCACUCCUGAAUCACAUGAAGGUCAUGAGAAUAAAGGAAAUGGUCAACAGGGAAGGAACCUGUAUAAUGUAUAAAGAAUGGUCUGGAGAAUAUGCAGACUGAUGUUAGGGUGUAAAGGGUUAACCUUUAACUUCUAUCAGUUUCCAAGACAGAAUUUCUUCCUAUAAUAUCAAGUUGAGAGGUGACAAGAAUUAAGAUAACUAUCAAUUAGGAUAUUAUUAGUCAAUCCAACACUAAAUUGUCUGAACUUACAUCAUGAGAAUUGUUUAGCAGACAGUAAAGAGAAUUUCUAAUGAGAUCUUGGAGUAAAAGGAUUAAGGAAGGUUGUGGGAAGAAAGCUUAUUAAAAAUAUGUGCUACUAUCCCCAAAUAAAACAAAGGGAUGUGAUUGAUGAGUUGAAAAAGUCUAAUGAUAACAAACCCAAAUUGUAAUGCCUCUUAUGUACAAAAAUGAUCUUCAAUAAUAGGCCAUAAAUAAGGUGGAAGUUAUCAGACAUAAUUGUAAUGUGGAGUAACGAGGGGCUAAAAUUGCAGAUAUGUUAACAAAUCUUAAUAGGUGAAGUUAAAUAUUGUUUUUUUUUUUUUUUAGGUUAUGUUUCUUAAUGAACUUGAAGAAAUUCUUGAUGUCAUUGAGCCAUCAGAAUUUGCCAAAAUCCUUGAACCUCUCUUCCGCCAACUGGCAAAGUGUAUCUCAAGCCCACACUUUCAAGUAAGUGCAGGGACUUGCUUUUGUUUAUUUUAACAUUUUUUCAGCAUUUUCUGCUUUGCCUUGUCAGAACACAGCUGUGUCUCUAUCUAGAUAAGAUAUUCAGUUCAAACAAACACAGAUGUAUCCAACAAUGAUUUUUUUCCUCCCACUGUGUUGUGUGAAAGAGUAUGUCAACAACAAGGCAAUUAACGCCGACAGGUGUAGAAAUACAAAAAGGGACCCCCAACCAGUGUUUAAACAGUGAAAGUUAUGAUUAUCCAAAGGAGACAGUGUGAUGAAAGGAUUCAGUUUAUUUAUUUUAUAUACAAGGUUUUAGUUGUUUUAAGGAGAGUAGAUCAAAAUUCCAGACUUAAACAGAAUGGUCCUGUUCAGAAUCUGGAUAUUUCAGUUAUCAAUUUCUUUUUCGGGUUGUCUUUCUGAAAUUGAGUUAUUUGCAUAUUUUAAUGGAAGGUUACUUUGGCCUAUGGCUUACUUGUCUUUGGCCUAUGGCUUACUUGUCUUUGGCCUAUGGCUUACUUGUCUUUGGCCUAUGGCUUACUUGUCUUUGGCCUAUGGCUUACUUGUCUUUGGCCUAUGGCUUACUUGUCUUUGGCCUAUGGCUUACUUGUCUUUGGCCUAUGGCUUACUUGCCAAUGUAAAGAUUAUCAGGUGUUAGUUAGACGUUGUGACUUCUGAAUCAUUUUCCGUAAUUGAAAUUACAGUUUAUCACUCUUCUUGUUUUGAUGUACAGGUUGCUGAGCGUGCAUUGUAUUACUGGAAUAACGAGUAUGUGAUGAGCUUGAUGAGUGAUAAUGCUGGUGUCAUAGUGCCCAUCAUGUUUCCUUCUCUUUACAAACACUCAAAGAACCACUGGAACAAGUAAGUGCAAUUUUUUGUUUUUCAACUAAAAUUUAUGUUAACCUGGAAACCCAUGGUUUAACUUCUUAAGAUGUCUUCCAUAAGCAAGCAUCAAGUAGAAGAAGAGUAAGGAUUUUUUUGGUGAAGAAGUGAGUGCAAACUUUAAUGAAAUUGAAUGAAAAGCUGAUGUGUGGUUUCCAAGAAAAUUAAUACUUUUGUCAUGUUACUUUAAGGAAUUAUGACCUCAUGUAAUCUGUGUGUGACCUGCUGAAAGUGUCAAUUCAUGGGUGGAUGAGGAUGAGGAUGAGGAUGAGGAUGAGGAUGAGGAUGAUUGUGAGGGGAGGUUGAAGCCCAUUAUAAUGAUGUAUUUGUGAAAUUGUUAAUUCAGUUCAUCAGGGAAAUUUUACAUUUGUUAGAGAGAAGGCUGGAAAUUUAAAAAAAUCUAUGACUGUGGCAAGCAUGUGAACAAAUUAGGGCUGUCAUCCAGGAGUUGUCGCUGCUUUUCAUUAUAGUAAUCCCCUCCUUCCCCAAUCUAAACAAACCUCUAAAACUCAUAACUUACUUCUCCAGGACAAUACAUGGUCUCAUAUACAAUGCUUUAAAGCUCUUUAUGGAGAUGAAUCAAAAGCUCUUUGAUGAAUGUACACAAAAAUAUAAACAAGAAAGACAGAGGUAUGGCUAUUUGCAGAAGUAAACAUCUAACCAUUUAAAAAUUACAAAUUGUAUUUAUAGUUAUUUUGACUUGAACACAAUGGAUCGAUGUGUUAAGCAUUUAACUCUUUCAAAUAAACACUACCGGUAAUUCCAAUUUUUUGCUUGUGAUAGAAAAUACACCAACUGAUGCACUUUACUGAACUCUGAGUUAGGCUAGUUCUUUACUUAGACACUUCUGUUUAUGUAGUUUGUCAGCACAAACUGCUUAGAAUGAACUAGACCAAAUAAAUUUAUUAUGAUGGUAUUUGAGCCAAAUAUGCUCUUUCCUUGGAAGUGAGAAUUAACCUUUUAUGCUCCAACAUCAGCAUAGAUAUCCCCUUUACUGUUAUCCUUGCAUUUCCUAAGUUACUCACAGGGAGAAUUUAUUGAACCAUCAAUAGCUUCUUUAGGUGGUGAUCAUUUCCUUUAUUCUUGUGGCCUAAAUGUGUGACUCAGGGGUAAUAUUUUAUGGAGAAAUUAGAUACUAGUCAUUCUUAGGAGUCAAAAAGUUAAUUUGUGAUGUUUCAGUUAAUAAGUACUUAAUAGGGUUUCUGGUUAUCACUCUCAGAGAAAAAGAGGAUCUCAAAAAGAGAGAGGAAGCAUGGCUAAAAAUUGAUGAACUAGCUCGGAAGAACCCUGAUGUAAGUAUAAUUAUGUUGAGAAACUUUUCAAAAUGAAUUGAAGGCUUUGAACUUUGGCUUUGAAAGUCAACCCUUUAACUCUCAGAUUAAAUUAUAAUUCUCCUUACUGUCAACCAUACAAUUCUCACAAUGUUAGUUCAGAGAAUUUAGUAUUGGAUCAACUAAUUCCCAAAUUGAUAUUUUUCUUUAUUCUUGACACUUAACUGGUUGAUUUUGUAUUGAUAUUGUAAGGGGAAAUUCUGUCUUGUUCACUCAUGGGAGUUAAAGGGUUAAGCUAGAUAUAGCAAAAUGUUUACAACCUCAUUCAGUGUCACAAUGGACAGAAUCACUGCAUUCUUAAAUUUGGAAUCAGUGAACAUUGAAGGCUUGUUGUGAGUUUUUUGUUAAUUCCUAUUAAUCGGUGGAGUAGUGGAAAUCUUUGAGAAUCAGUCAUGGGGAUGGUCAAACAAUGUUCUUGAUAAAAAUUAAAAUUAGCUUUUAGCCUAACAGUGGGCUUUCAAUUCACUAUAUACACCAAUUUUUUUGUGUGUUUUUUUUGUACACUUUUGUCAUGUGUAUCUUUGAUUUUUUUUAUAGCUGGUAGAACUUUUGAUAUAUACACACACGAAACAAAUGCAGCUCUACAGUCCACGGAUGAACUGUAGUAAAAUCUGACCAUUAUCUGUAUUGGGGCUUAAUAGGUUUUUUUUUAUACUUAAGGAUGUGACAUCUUUAUUUUGUUGCAGUAUAUCAAGAUUGCCCGUCUAGCUGGUGUUGAUGAUGAGAGAGAUAGGGAGCUUAUGGACCAGGGUUGUGAGAUGGAAGGGGUAGAAGAUGGAGUGGUUGUUCUUCAAGGAGUCUCGAAAACGGUAGGCUGUUUGCUAUUUUCCUGUGGAGUUUAAUUCAUCCCCUAAAGGAGAAAUAUGCUUUGAAAACUAUAUAAUUUUUAUCACUGCUAUUAAAAAGUCUAAAAUUAAAUUUUGUUAUUUAUUGCAAAAAGUCAAGGAUUCUCUCUCAUAGUUUGCUAGUACCCAUUUACACUCCUUGGAAGAGAGAGGUGCAUUAAGUGUUUGCUCAAAAACCCAACACAGUUGUUGGGCUAGGACUUUUAUGCAACCUUACCUAACCAUAGUCUUAUGUGCUUACCACAUGGCCAACAUGUCAGAACUUUAAAUAUUUUGUCAUCUAGUGGAAGAGUGUUUUCUUAUUCUUUUCUUUCUAUUUUUCUUUUUUCAAGGAAUUUUCAUCAAAGAAACCAGAGAACAAAAAGUUUGUACGGCGGAAAUCUGAGCUUCCUCAUGACACAUGUACUGUGAAGGCACUGUCAGACUAUAAUAGUCCAGAUGAAUACUUGGCCACAGCAGCAGAGGGGUAAAAUUUGUCCAUUUGUCUUCCCUCUUCCUCUUCCCCCCCUUCUCUCCCCUCCCCCCCCCUCCCAUCUGGGUGUGGCACAAUAGAACUCUUCUUAGUGGUUCAGAGUCGCUUACAGUGACUGAUUUACGGUUACACUAAAAAAUGUGUUGUUAUGUGUUUUAAGGUAAAAUGUAUAUAAUAACAUGGAAUUCAGGUAUUAGUGAAAUUGUGAAAAAUUCACUUCUCAGAAAACUACUUUGUGGAAAGAAGAAUGCUACAAGUUGAGAAAUCAUUUCUCAUAGUAGUGGGCUGGUCUGCAAACUGACAGCUUGAAAUGAGUUUCUCUAAAUAUUUAACUACACAGGAAAUUUGUUUCAGCAACCUUAAGAAGCACCUUUUAUUUGUUAAUCCCACAAAGUUUCUUGUUUUAGGGUCACUUUUUGGUCAAGAAAAUUAAUAAUGGUAGUGGGAGGUAGUGAAGUCCAAUUUGGUCUGUAAUCGUAUGAGUAAUUAACAAAAUGGUAUGACUGCGAAGCAAACGUCUGAUUUGUCAGUCACGAGCAUGAUUACAGACAGAAUUGAACAACACUAAGUCCAGUUGUCAAUUAAUCAUAACCAUUACAAUUUCAAAAAAAAAACAACAACAACAAAUACAUUUAGGACAGACAUCUCUGGGAGGGACAAUGUCUAGUGAGUAAAACAGCUCUAUUUUGGAAAUUCCCCAGUUUUUUUUUCAGGAUAAGUGGUUGUUGCUAUGGUUAUUGUGAUCAGUUCUGUGAUUGGUGGAUUUAGCUGAGUGGACUUACAGUGAUUGGCUGCUUUAACUGUCUAAUUACAGGUGUCCAAUUACAGCCAACUGUUUGAUUACACUGUCUGAUCACAACUGUACAGAAUGAUUGGUGAAAAAUAAAGCAGCAAAUUUACCAAUCACAUUUAAGGAAAUUGUAAUGGUUGUAAUUAAGUGUGAAAUUUGGAAAAAAAGAAAAACCCAGACAUUUGCAUGGUUUGGUGAAAAACUAUCCCCAUUCAUAUCAAGGAUUUUAUGUACAACUAAUUAUAAUUGCAACAUGUCAUCUCCCCUGUAAUAUGGCAAAUGCUUUAGUAAGUCAGGGGUGGGGAGGGAGCUUAUCAAAUCCUGGGACCUUCGGAGAGGUGGGUUUUUGGAGAGGGGGGUCCUUUUAGAUGUGCAAGUUUUUCCAAUUAAGAGGCUUAUUUGAGAAGGGACUUGGAUAGAUAGAUCUUGAUGAAAACCCACCAAACACUCAAGUGAAAAUGUUAAAUUUUCAUCUGAACUGUUGCUCAGAUUUAAUGAAUAUUGUAUUCAGAAUGCAUUUCUUUGACCUGUGAUAUUUUGACUGGAACCUUCAGAGGCCUUUGAAUUUAAGUAUAGUUUGUGCUGAAAUGCUACAUAGCCCAAACAAAUGGCAAUGACUCCACCAUUUUCUAUUUUGUUAAAUAGAAGGGAGGGGGUUACUUUUUAGAGCAUUCACUAAGUUAGUUUCCUGUCACAGUUUGGUGACUGUGUCCUUGUGCAACUGUUUCCUCUUGGAGAGAGUUACAAGUGACAAUUGUUAUUUAUUAUUUUUAUUAGCAAAAUAAUAACAAAAAAUUAAGAUAUUAUUUUACCAUAUGUAGAUGACUUAUUAUUUUGGAGAUAGCUGUACUUGAAACCAGCCUAACUGUAAAAGCUUUAUUGAUCCAUCUCUUUACUUCUCUUUUUAAAGAUAUAUUUAUUUCAGAUCGACUGAAUACAUACUUUGUGGUAAUUCAAGUCUUUCUGACAAGCAGACAAGCAUUAUUAUAUGAGAAGUGUCUUUUUGGCUGUAUGGCCAAUUUUAGCAAACAGUAAAGCUUGUGGAGGGUUACGAUCUCAAAGGAACACCUCUUUUUAGUGAACUUAGUAAAGCUUUUUCAGUUAAGUUGGUAACCAUUUGUUAUCAGGUUGCAAGUCUGAAAUUUUUUAUAUGCUAUGUUUUUAAACAAUGUUUGUUUACUGGUCAGUUAGGGUUUUUAUCAACUCUCUUCCUCCCUCGUGUGACAGAAGAGGAAUUUCACUUGACGAGAAAAAGAGUGAGACCAAUUCAGAAAUCUUUUUCACCUUACUCAGAGCUCAUUUGUAAGAAGUGAGCAACGCAGUGCUGAGAAUUGCUUUUCACAUUUUGUGAGUGAUUGGGUUAAGGGAGCUAUGAGCUUAAUUUUGAGUCGUUUUUGUUGAACGUGCUAAUUUACCUUCAGAGUGAUGUAAGAUAUUAAAAUGUAAGCAUGGCAAGAUGGAAACACGAAAAUGAAGAGAUUCAGCUUUAAAAGGAAUCAGGUUGACAAGGGUGGAGAGGAAUUUGGGCGAUAGUUCUUUUAACAAAGCUGUGGAAAAAUCUGUUUAAAUCUGUUUAGCUGUCAGUUUUAUUUGAUAAAAUACUAAGAAAAUGAGUUGCAAAAUCUGCUUGGCCGUUAAAUACGGAUAAGUUACUCAGGAAAGGAAUAGACAUCACAGCUUAUGCACCUUGGAAUGCCCCAUGUUUGUCAUUUCCAUCUGAGACAGUCAUCUUGAUUUGCAGGCAUUUUCGUUGCUUUUUUUGUUUUAUGCUACCUUAUUCGUAUUUUUCUGUUUUAAACAACCUAAUUUUUUGGUUUCGUACUUAAUGAAGGUAUUUUUUCAAAAAAAGGGAAUGCGACUCUAAUUAUUCCCACAAGGCUCCUGUAUGACACAAUGUGUCCAACGGAAUGGGUGGGGUCGGUGGUGACGUUGUUGGGGGGCGGGGGGCUAGUAGGCGGGUUAUGAGGUAGUUUAAAGCAUUCAUAAUCACAUUCUCUCCCUACCCGUUCGCGGUUUUUAAAACGUUGGUGCUUAUGAUCUGUAAUGUCUUGUAAAUACAGUAGAGGUUGUCGGGAACAUCUAUUGUCACGUAGUGAUGGGUUUUUAAUGAGUUCUGCGAUGGCGCAUGGGAAAAGAAAGAAAGAAAGAGAGUCGUUCAUAAUGAUAUCGAUAUAAGGAUUUAACAUGCCUCGUGAUAGAUAGGUACAUGGAAGUUGUAGUAAAAUGUUGUUGAAACUUGAGUCUCGUGUUGUCGUCUUCAGUUUGUUAUAAAUACAAUUUACAGUG